AUGCAGAGUCUCAGAAAGACUCCCUGCUUGGAAUUUCCGCCAGAAAUGUUUCUCUGUCAUUCCGUUCGUCACUCAAGGCUUCGAACCCCCGCAACCCUCAGCAUCUCCGCUUCUCUUUCUCUCCUCUCCUCGCAGACUGAGACUACAAACCCUAACAAUCCUCCUCCCCGCAAAGGCAGACAAGCCGUACGUCGCCUUCUAAAGCUUCUUUCCACCGCUUCCCAGCAAAACCAAAACCCUCAUCUUUGCGAAAUCCUAAAGUCCCUCCAAUGCUCUCCCGUCACCAUCUCAACUUCCCAAGCUUCAACACUAAUUUCCUCCAUUUCGAAUCCCCUCAUCUCUUUCGAUUUCUAUCGAUUCCUCAGGUCGCUGAAACCCGUCUUCCAACCUGAUUCGAUUCUCUUCUCCUCUUUGAUAAAGUCUCAGCUUCAGUCUGUCAAUCCUCAUCUCCCCAAGAUCCUAUUCUACUUCGGUGAGAUGAAGAAGCACAAGGUUUCCCUCUCCCAUGAUGAUUUCUGCUGCCUCUUCUGCUUGGUUGUUCCCGGUUAUGUUGACAUUGCCGAUUUUUUUGUCCGGGAGCUAUUGGAAAAAGCUGAAUUCGACGAGUGUGCUUAUAAUUAUGCCAUGUCGAUUUAUGCGAAACACGGGUUGUAUAAAGAGGCGAUUUUGGUUGCAGAACGAGCUAGGGCAAGGUCGCGGGAACUUACUUUAGAGUUUUACUCGUGCACGAUGGAUGUCUACGGGAAGAAGGAGGAUGCGGGUUCUGCGAUGAAGCUAUUCCUGGAGAUGGAAGAGAGAGGUAUUCUUGCAGAUGAAAGGGUUUAUAGGAAUCUGUUAGGAGUUCUUUGUAAAGCCGGGUGGGUUAAGCUCUGUUGGGUAAUUCUGGAAGAGAUGAGGAAGGUUGGGUGCAGACCUGAUGAGCGUUUGGCUAUGGAUUUGCUGAGGAGAUUUCUGAAAGAAGGUAUGGUUUUGGAAGCUGGAUGUUUUUUCAAAGAAGGAAUCCUCAAGGAUAUGAAGAGUUUGGCUGUUUAUGCGGAGGCAAUGGAAGAAACAAAGAGGCCAUGGACGGCUUUUCAACUUGUACAAGACCUGUGCAAAUCCGGUUUGGACGUCAGUGGAUGUGUCUAUGCGUCUCUGAUUCGUGGCUGUGGGAAGAUUGGGCUGAUUUAUGUUGCUGAGAAGAUAUUUGCGGGAGUAAAAUCUUCAACUUCUGUUGAGAAUCGAGAAUCGGUGUAUACGUCUAUGAUUUAUGUGUAUUCGAGAGCGCAAAUGAAGAAGUCGGCGGAAAUUUUUUGGAAUGAAAUGGAAAGCACAGUGGGUUUUGGAGGAAAUGCAGAGCCAUUCUUGUAUAUGAUGUCAAUGUAUGGAGAGCUGGGUCUGAUUGAAGAUGUAUUGAGGAUGUUUGACAGGUGGAAGAAUAGUGGUUGCUGUGUAAACAUUGAUGCUUAUGCUGUUCUCAUUGAUGCUUUGAGCAAGUCUGGCAAGCUAAAUCAAGCCAGAAGCUAUCUCCUUGAGAUGAGAAGGUCAAAAAUUCAUCCAUCAUCUUCAAUUUAUGCAUAUAUAAUGGAUGGUUAUUUGCAAGUUGGCCUUCUUAACCACGCCAUUACAAUGUUGGAUGAAUAUACAAUGUUAGGGUUAGAGGCAGAUGAACUGAUUGCAAGUAGCAUCAUCAAGACAUUAAUUCAAGUAGGUCGACUUUCAGAGCUUGAAUUCCACUUGGAUAAAUUCAUGAGGCAGGGAAUCAAGAUUUCUAGUGGUAAGGGAGCCAUUCUGGUGGAAAUGUGUAAAGAUGAUUCUUGCUUAAGAAAGCUAUCCGAAUUGAUUCAGUGA